UGUCCACAACACAUCUCACAUAGGCCCAGUGGUGAUAGUAAACAUGUCAGGUCACUUACAGGGGGUGAAAAGAAUAUCUGCUGUUACUGGACCACAAGCAGAGCAGGCAAUUGAGUUGUCCAAAAUUGUCAAGGAACAGGUUGAAACUGUGGUGAAAGCAAUAAAAAACUUGGAAAACCCAGAAACGUGGGAAGAAAAUUUGAGAGAGAUUUCUCAGACACUUUCAGAUGGGGUUCUCCCAAAGACUGACAGGGACAAGCUGGCUGCCACAGUAGAUAAGCAGAAAGAGAAGGUUCGGGCAGCAAGGAGCUUGUUGGCAAAGGUUAAAUUUGUAGAGCAAGUUGAAUCUCUAAAAGGAGAAGCAUCAGCGCCAUACUUAGUGACAGAAACUCUGUACACUGGAGGACUGAAAAAGGUUGCCGGUUUACUAAAUACCAUACAACCUGGAAAGCCAGUGAUGGCAUUAUGGCAGGAGAAGAAUAAAACAUUAGCGGUUAUACAUGUACCAAAGGAGCCAGGACCCAAUUUCAAGGCUUCUGACUGGUCAAAAUACAUAGUGGACAAUGCUGCUAACAAUGUGAAGUGUGGGCCACUUAAAGGACAAGACCCAGAAGCAUUCCAUAUGUUGCUGUCCAACGUCAGCUCAGAUAGCCAUAAUAAAGAUAUUUUAGAUUGUGCUGAAAAGUUUAUAAAGGAGAAGGAACAUUAAGUGAUGUAGUGGCCAGUCCAACUGAGGGAAGACUAAUUAAUUAAGGUUACAGAAAUACCAGGCCUCACAAUAUGCAUAUAGAAAAAAAAGCAGCUUGAUUUUUGUUUUGAAGUUUAAAUGUCAUGCUAAGAAAUUGGAGAAAGAAAAUUAUUUCAGCAGAAAUCUGGAACUCUCUGCCAGAGCUCUUCUCUGGCUGUUACGAAAUUGGAUAUUAAUAAUUCCAAGACAAAAAAGCUGUGUCACAGUUGUGAAAUAACCAAUAAAGUUAUUUUAAUAUUAUUAGAAUAAUAAUAGUAAAUUGAUUAUUUUAUGUGAAA